UUGGUGAAGUGUUGAUUUUAUUUUGCAGUUUGAUUUUUGUGACCGGUGUGGUGGUAGUAAGGGAGGAUCUGCCUGUAUGAUACAUAUAAUGCAAUUACUUGUCAUCUAAGAAGUUUGCACAUAUUUCUCUAUUGUUUGCAAAGAGAGUAAGAAGAAACAUGACGCAUUUCCAGUCUUCAUUUAUUGGAGCCAAUGGCUACAAUCUGUUAAAGAAGUACAUGAAAGGAAGUACAGACUUUAGCAAAGAUUUCAUCAAUCUGUUAAAUGAAAGGGCAGAUAUUGAGUGUUCAUAUGCUAAAAGUCUUGCAAAACUUUCAAAUAAAAUAACAAAAUCCGGCAAAGAGUGCGUAGGUACCCUAGCACAGGCAUGGAGCACCCUAGCAUUGCAGAUGGAUGCAGAAGGAGACCUACAUAAACAAUUUGGUGAGGUUCUACGCACAGAACUUGCAAAGCCAUUCAAAACAUUUCUGGAACAACAGAUUAAGGCACAAAAGUCUAUUGAUACACCAGUAGAAAAAGCAGCAAAAGUUUGGAAUGACAAAAAACAAAGUAUGAUCAAAAUUAAGAAGAAUGUUAUCACUAAGACAAAGGAAUGUGAAAGCAUGUCCCAGCAAAUUGACGAUUCAAGUGUUAAGAAACCACUUACAGAAAAAGAACUCACUAAGUUACAAUCCAAGACCAAAAAAGCUGAAACAGUCGCAAUUAAAGCAGAUGGUGAGCACAUAGAUGCAGUUAAGAAACUUGAAAGUGCACGUCACGAUUUAGAGUACGCUGUACGCUGCACUGCUGGCCAGUAUCAGAACAUAGAAGAAGAACGGUUCGUGCAACUAAAAGACCUCAUAGGAAAAUUGUCAAACCAUAUGUCAAUACUAGGGCCAAAUGUCACUGAGAUUAGUGCAAGAGUUGGCCAAGCUGCAGGUCUGAUCGAUUCAAGCUGUGACAUUGAGGUUGUUGCUUCAACAUAUUCCACAGAUGUUACUGCUGACCAGAUUUUGUAUGACUCCUAUGAAGAGGAUAUGAAGAAUACUAUGAAACCUGAUCGACGUCGAUCAUGCAUAAUGAGGAAACUGCAGAGCUUAGAUCAGGAGAUUUACAAAGAACAGAAAACCAAAGAAGGUAUUGCAAGGUUAUCAGGAGCUUAUGGUAAAACCCCAGGUUAUGCUGAUGAUGGUACUGUAGACAGUGUUACUCAGAAAAUACACAAUGCAGAUGAAAUGAUUGACCUUCUGGAAGCUUCAAAGUUUAAACUUAAAACAGCAUUAGCUCUGAUGGACAGGACGGCUCAACCAGUAGCUGAGAUUGGGACCCAUAUCAAGACAGAAAAAGACAAACAGGGUUUUCAAAAUAGUGUCCUGAGGAGACAAAGGUCAAAUGUUCAACCACCACCAUAUCGAGGUCCUGGUGACGGGGCAACGUUGUCUUCAACAACUACAGUGGAUUAUACACCACCUCCAAAAACUGUAGCGCCACCACCUCCCCCAGCUGUAGCACCACCACCUCCACCAGCUGUAGCACCACCACCACCUACCUCAGAAGUAGUGGCAACUUCAGGUCACCAGGUGUCGGCAUACAAGCCACCAUCUUAUUCUGACACUGUGCGUCCCCAAGCUAUUGCCAAAUACGACUACGAAGCAGUCGAACAUGAUGAGCUCACCAUUCGACAAGGUGAUGUCAUCACAGUACUUGAAAGCAUGGAUGAUGGAUGGAGUAAAGGGGAGUUAAACGGUCGAAUAGGUGUGUUUCCUACCAGCUACGUCUAAUUCCUACCAUCAUCUCAGAUAGCGUGAUCAAGACGGAAGACCAGCGCAUUAGUUACUAAUCUUUUUUGAUUAUAAGCUUAUUAUUAACACAGCCGCAGCUGACAAACAACUCGUUAAGUAUAUUUCCGCCUCAUAUAUUCUCUCACCUUUAAGAAAUCAUGGAGGAUUAUCAUCAAUUUAAUUCUUACUGUUCAAAAUUAAAUAAAGUAUAAGAUUCUUUAACCAAUUAAAAAUGUAUGUACAUUCAGUAUGAAAUAAUAAUAAUAAUAAUAAUAAUAAUAAAUAAUAAUGAUAAUGAUAAAUAAUAAUAAUAAUAAUAAUAAUAAUAAUAAUAAUCGAAAAGCGCAAACAAAAGGUUUUUUUGAGCUUGAAAUUAAAAAAUAACAGAUUAAAAAAAUAAUCAAGCCAAGUGAACAGUUAGAAGCAUUUAAAAGGAAAUGUUAGAGAACCAAAGAGCUGAGUUGAGAUACUUCUUGAGAAUUUACCCAUCCGCUGAGCCUCACCACUUUGAAUAUUGUCACUAAGGUCCCACAAAAUGAGAGCGUAAUUAUAUAAUAAUUAUAAUAGUGUACAUAUAUAAUGCCCCAGUAUUCAUUAAGGAUGCUCAUGGCGCAGACAGAUAUGGAAAGAGUUAUUAACAGUUGGUAAUCACUACAAAUAAAUAAAAAUAAUAAUACCUUACAAAUAAAAAAAAAUAAUAAUACCGUAAUCCUGGCCAGGAGUACCUUUGCUUGCCCAAGGCAGAAUUCCUAAUUGGCAACUCCUAAGACUCAUGGAGGGAAGGAAGUAGGGGGAGGGAGUCCCACACCGCUGCCCUUACAGAUGUAGCCUAAACUCAAUUCCUAAUACAAUUUUUGAAAAAUUGGAAACUGAUUAUUUUGUGUGUAUAGUUAAUAUUAAUUAAUUAUAUUAUUCUGUGUGUUUAAUUAAUAUUAAUUAAUUAUUAUUAUUAUAUUAUUGUGUGUAUAGUUAAUAUUAAUUAUUAUUAUUAUAUUACUCUGUGUGUAUUAUUAUUAUUAAAUAUAUGUAGGCUUGAUUGUGGGACAUGUGUGUAUACGUGACCUUGUUCUGAUUUCAUUAACUUCAAUUGACACUCUGGAAUGGUCCGUGCUAUGGAAGCGGACUAACUGAAAAGCUGCUCUCCGGAUUCUUUCAAACAACAUGUAGGAAUCCGAGUCUGUUAAGCAGGGACUGAUUAUAUCAAUUGAAAACAUGGAAGAUAUAACCAAUUAAAAUUUUAUAUUUUAUCAUAAUUAAUAUAAUUAGUGUCAUUUUUAAAGAAUAAGGAAGUUGUAAAUUAUUUGUUUUGACAUGAGAUUAAUUAUUGUUGUUUUAAGAAGGAAGAGAUUUUAUGUGUAGUUGUCAAAAUGUAUUUCUCUAAAAGUAUCGAAAAGUCUGAUUAAUAUAUCACCUUGACUUAAAGUAUAAGAAUUAUAUUCUCUCAUGUUUCAUUAAGUUAUUAUAUAAAAUUAGAUUAAAAUCAAGAGUGUUUUGAAUGGUGAGGGGACACAGAGGGAAUGAGAUUAAUAUUGAAAGAGUAUUAUUAAUAUUAUUUUUUGUUAAUAUUAAAGAUAAUAAAGGGUUAUUAAUAAAUUAUAGUUAACUCAAGUGUUUUAUAAUAUUGUUUGUUUAUAUUAUUAUUUUUAGUAAUUUAUUAUAAUUAUCAUUAUUGUUAUUAUUGGUAUAAUUAUUAUUAAUAAAAUUAUGAAGGGCUAUCAAUGAAUAGUACUAUUAUUACACAAGCUAUAAAAAUGAGUUUUAUAAUCAGUGUUUUUUAUAGUUUUAAUCUUUAUUUUAUAAUAAUAGUUAGAUAUCUAUUUGAUAAAGUAUAUAAUCUGUGUCUACAUUCUGUUUUAUAUGUUCAUCUGUAUAUUAUAACAAAGGGAAUUUUCACAUUUAAUAAGACAUUCAAAUAAUGUUUUAAAUCUUGUAAUUUCUUAAUUGAGUUUGCAAUAUUAUUCUGAAUGAUAUUUUUAUAUUUAAAUUUUAAAAUGAUCUCACUGUUGAAUGUUGACUGAUACAGUAUAAAUAUAAGGAAAACUAAUUCUCAAUGGGUUGCAUAGAUUCAAGGAUAUAUAUAUAUAUAUAAUUAUGUAAUAAUCGUUUAUAAGCAAAUUAUGUACAAGAUUAUUAAACAUGUGUAAUUGGUAUAU